AUGUUUUGUGGUGCCACCAUCAGCACAAAGCCACCCUCGAGACAGCGAGGGUCUGACCCAGAUGUGACCAGAGCUGUCCUCCUGGCCGGUCAAGUCCAACGGAAGUCUCCGGAGUCCCGCCCGCUCGCCCACGUUCCCCGCUCGCCCCUCCCUCCAGCAGCACCACGUUUCCUGUCAAAACAAACGCUUGGGGGAGGGGACUGUCAGGGCAGAGCCCAGCGACCGAGAAACCCGGCAACAAGCCCCAAACACAGGCCGAGGUCCGGCCCGGCUGGGCUCCACCCCGCCUCAGCCCCACUCUCCGGGAUCGGGGGCAGCGGGGACAGCAUCACUGGGUGCCCGGAGCGUCUCGCGCCCCCAGCGCAGUCGCUGGCACGCACCCAAAGGGUUGUCAUCACGGCCCAGCAGACCCGGAGCAGCCUGGGCACCGCCGCCACUGAGCCCCCACUUCAGAUCCCGACUAGGGGGGAGCAAAUGCCUGGACUUCGGAGCCCUCCCGCUGCCCUGAGGAGAGGCGGUCCCCGCAGAUCCCACGGCUCCUCCCCUGGGAUGGGUUUCCAUAGUGAAGGCCGAGGACGGCUCGGAUUGAAAGCCGUUUGGACUGGAGAAGACAGACUCCCCCGACUCACUAAUGGUACUAGAGAAGGGACAGGAAAACAAGCCAAUAAUCGAGGGGGCUUGUGAUCGGGAGCGGAGGGGAGAAAAGCAAGCUGGACUAAUACGGACACUAGAAAACAAGGCACGGAAUGUUCAAACAGCAACCACGUACCUUCUGUUCAAAUUGUUGUGAACCUAAA